GGGGAAGCUCUGGGCACUUGGCUUAAGUAAGGGCGCCGCGCUCCCUGCCUGCUGCUGGGCGGGGGGAAGGCGGCAAGAGCUGGGGAGCGCCUGGAACGAGCUUCCAGGAACGCUGCGCUGUGGGAUAGAGGAAUGAGGUACAGAGAAGGGCAGAGUUGCCCACAGCUGCAUCACACGUCUUCAGCCCGACCGUUGUCCUGACCUCUCUGUCCCAUCCCCCGCUCAGUCUCACCAUGGCCUUCUGGACACAGCUGAUGCUGCUGCUCUGGAAGAAUUCCAUGUAUCGCCGGAGACAGCCGGUCCAGCUUCUGGUCGAAUUGCUGUGGCCUCUCUUCCUCUUCUUCAUCCUGGUGGCUGUUCGCCACUCCCACCCGCCCCUGGAGCACCAUGAAUGCCACUUCCCCAACAAGCCACUGCCAUCGGCGGGCACCGUGCCCUGGCUCCAGGGUCUCAUCUGUAACAUGAACAACACCUGCUUCCCACAGCUGACACUGGGCGAGGAGCCCGGGCGUCUGAGCAACUUCAACAAUUCCCUGGUCUCCCGGCUGCUAGCCGAUGCCCGCACUGUGCUGGGAGGGGCCAGUGCCCACAGGACGCUGGCUGGCCUGGGGAAGCUGAUCGCCAUGCUGAGGGCUGCACCCAGCACAGCCCGGCCUCAACCAACCAAGCAGUCUCCACUGGAACCACCUAUGCUGGACGUCGCGGAGCUGCUGACGUCAUUGCUGCGCACGGAAUCCCUGGGGUUGGCACUGGGCCAAGCCCAGGAGCCCUUGCAGAGCUUGUUGGAGGCAGCUGAGGACCUGGCCCAGGAGAUCCUGGCACUGCCUAGCCUGGUGGAGCUUCAGGCACUGCUGCACAGACCCCGAGGGACUGGUGGCCCCCUGGAGUUGCUGUCUGAGGCCCUCUGCAGUGCCAGGGGACCUAGCAGCGCAGUGGGCCCCUCCCUCAACUGGUACGAGGCUAGUGACCUGAUGGAGCUGGUGAGGCAGGAGCCAGAAUCGGCCCUGCCGGACAGCAGCCUGAGCCCCGCCUGCUCAGAGCUGAUUGGAGCCCUGGACAACCAUCCGCUGUCCCGCCUGCUCUGGAGACGCCUGAAGCCUCUGAUCCUGGGGAAGCUGCUGUUUGCACCAGAUACACCUUUUACCCGGAAGCUCAUGGCCCAGGUGAACCGGACCUUUGAGGAGCUGGCCCUGCUGAGGGAUGUCCAGGAGGUGUGGGAGGUGCUGGGACCCCAGAUCUUCACCUUCAUGAACGACAGUUCCAAUGUGGCCAUGCUGCAGGUGUUUUGGGACCCUGGCCCAGCUGCGGACCCCUUGACCGACCUGCGCUACGUAUGGGGCGGCUUCGUGUACCUGCAGGACCUAGUGGAGCGCGCAGCCGUCCGCGUGCUCAGCGGCGCCGCCCCCCAGGCCGGCCUCUACCUGCAGCAGAUGCCCUAUCCGUGCUAUGUGGAUGACGUGUUCCUGCGUGUGCUGAGCCGGUCGCUGCCGCUCUUCCUGACGCUGGCCUGGAUCUACUCCGUGACGCUGACGGUGAAGGCGGUGGUGCGGGAGAAGGAGACACGGUUGCGGGACACCAUGCGCGCCAUGGGGCUCAGCCGCGGGGUGCUCUGGCUCGGCUGGUUCCUCAGCUGCCUUGGGCCCUUCCUGCUCAGCGCAGCGCUGCUGGUUCUGGUGCUCAAGCUGGGGGACAUCCUCCCCUACAGCCACCCGGGCGUGGUCUUCGUGUUCUUGGCGGCCUUCGCCGUGGCCACGGUGACCCAGAGCUUCCUGCUCAGCGCCUUCUUCUCCCGCGCCAACCUGGCUGCGGCCUGCGGCGGCCUGGCCUACUUCUCCCUCUACCUGCCCUACGUGCUGUGCGUGGCUUGGCGGGACCGGCUGCCGGCGGGUGGCCGCGUGGCCGCGAGCCUGCUGUCGCCCGUGGCCUUCGGCUUCGGCUGCGAGAGCCUGGCGCUGCUGGAGGAGCAGGGCGAGGGCGCGCAAUGGCACAACGUGGGCACCCAGCCCACAGCAGACGUCUUCAGCCUGGCCCAGGUCUCUGGCCUUCUGCUGCUGGACGCGGCGCUCUACAGCCUCGCCACCUGGUACCUGGAAGCUGUGUGCCCAGGUGGGCCGUCCAUCUUGAGUGGUCUCUUCCCACCCAGUGGUGGCUCUGCAUUCAUCCUGGGCCACGACGUCCGCUCCAGCAUGACCGCCAUCCGGCCCCACCUGGGCAUCUGUCCCCAGUACAACGUGUUGUUUGACAUGCUGACCGUGGGCGAGCACAUCUGGUUCUAUGGGCGGCUGAAGGGUCUGAGUGCCGCUGCGGUGGGUCCCGAGCAGCACCGUCUGCUGCAGGACGUGGGGCUGGUCUCCAAGCAGAGUGUGCAGACUCGCCACCUCUCUGGUGGGAUGCAACGAAAGCUGUCUGUGGCCAUUGCCUUUGUGGGCGGCUCCCAGGUUGUUUUCCUGGAUGAGCCGACAGCUGGUGUGGAUCCUGCUUCCCGCCGCGGCAUUUGGGAGCUGCUGCUCAAAUACCGAGAAGGUCGCACACUGAUCCUCUCCACCCACCACCUGGAUGAGGCAGAGCUGCUGGGAGACCGUGUGGCUGUGGUGGCGGGGGGUCGCUUGUGCUGCUGUGGCUCCCCACUCUUCCUGCGUCGUCAACUGGGCUCCGGCUACUACCUGACGCUAGUGAAGGCCCGCCUGCCCCUGACCACCAAUGAGAAGGCUGACACUGACAUGGAGGGCAGCAUGGACACUGGGCAGGAAAAGAAGAACGGCAGCCAGGGCAGCAGAGUCGGCACUCCUCAGCUGCUGGCCCUGGUGCAGCACUGGGUGCCCGGGACACAGCUGGUGGAGGAGCUGCCACACGAACUGGUGCUGGUGCUGCCCUACACGGGUGCCCAUGACGGCAGCUUCGCCACACUCUUCCAAGAGCUAGACACGCGGCUGGCAGAGCUGAGCCUCACUGGCUACGGGAUCUCCGACACCAGCCUCGAGGAGAUCUUCCUGAAGGUGGUGGAGGACUAUGCUGCGGACACAAAUACGGAGGAUGGCAGCUGUGGGCAGCACCCGUGCACAGGCAUUGCUGGCCUAGAUGUGACCCUGCGGCUCAAGAUGCCACCGGAACAGACAGCGCUGGAGAAUGGGGAGCCAGCUGGGUCAGCCCCAGAGACCCAGGCCCUGCAGGGCUCUGGGCCAGACACCGUGGGCCGGGUACAGGGCUGGGCACUGACCCGCCAGCAGCUCCAGGCCCUGCUUCUCAAGCGCUUUCUGCUUGCCCGCCGCAGCCGCCGCGGCCUGUUCGCGCAGAUCGUGCUGCCUGCCCUCUUUGUGGGCCUGGCCCUUGUGUUCAGCCUCAUCGUGCCUCCUUUCGGGCACUACCCGGCUCUGCGGCUCAGUCCCACCAUGUACGGUGCUCAGGUGUCUUUCUUCAGCGAGGACGCCCCGGGGGACCCUGGACGUGCCCGGCUGCUUGAGGCACUGCUGCAGGAGGCAGGACUGGAGGAGCCCUCCGUGCAGAAUAGCUCCAACAGGUUCUCGGCGCCAGAAGUUCCUGCUGAAGUGGCCAAGGUCUUGGCCAGUGGCAACUGGACCCCAGAGUCUCCUUCUCCAGACUGCCAGUGUAGCCGGCCCGGCGCCCGGCGCCUGUUGCCCGACUGCCCGGCUGCAGCUGGUGGUCCCCCUCCGCCCCAGGCAGUGAGCAGCUCCGGGGAAGUGAUUCAGAACCUGACGGGCCGGAACCUAUCUGACUUCCUGGUCAAGACCUACCCGCGCCUGGUGCGCCAGGGCCUGAAGACUAAGAAGUGGGUGAAUGAGGUCAGGUAUGGAGGAUUCUCGCUGGGGGGCCGAGACCCAAGCCUGCCCUCGGGCCAAGAGUUGGGCCACUCAGUGGAGGAGUUGUGGGCGCUGCUGAGCCCCUUGCCUGGUGGGACCCUCGACCGUGUCCUGAAUAACCUCACAGCCUGGGCUCACAGCCUGGAUUCUCAGGACAGCCUCAAGAUCUGGUUCAACAACAAAGGUUGGCACUCCAUGGUGGCCUUUGUCAACCGAGCCAACAACGCACUCCUACGUGCUCACCUGCCCCCAGGCUCGGCCCGCCACACCCACAGCAUCACCACACUCAACCACCCCUUGAACCUCACCAAGGAGCAGCUGUCUGAGGCCGCACUGAUGGCCUCCUCGGUGGAUGUCCUCGUCUCCAUCUGUGUGGUCUUUGCCAUGUCCUUCGUCCCGGCCAGCUUCACUCUUGUCCUCAUUGAGGAGCGAGUCACCCGAGCCAAGCACCUGCAGCUCAUGGGGGGCCUGUCCCCCACCCUCUACUGGCUAGGCAACUUUCUCUGGGACAUGUGUAACUAUUUGGUGCCAGCGUGCAUUGUGGUGCUCAUCUUUCUGGCCUUCCAGCAGAGGGCAUAUGUGGCCCCUGCCAACCUGCCUGCUCUCCUGCUGUUGCUACUACUAUAUGGCUGGUCGAUCACACCGCUCAUGUACCCAGCCUCCUUCUUCUUCUCCGUGCCCAGCACGGCCUAUGUGGUACUCACCUGCAUAAACCUCUUUAUUGGCAUCAAUGGAAGUAUGGCCACCUUUGUGCUUGAGCUCUUCUCUGAUCAGAAGCUGCAGGAGGUGAGCCGGAUCUUGAAACAGGUCUUCCUUAUCUUCCCCCACUUCUGCUUGGGCCGGGGGCUCAUCGACAUGGUGCGGAACCAGGCCAUGGCUGAUGCCUUUGAGCGCUUGGGAGACAGGCAGUUCGAGUCACCCCUGCGCUGGGAGGUGGUCGGCAAGAACCUCUUGGCCAUGGUGAUACAGGGGCCCGUCUUCCUUCUCUUCACACUGCUGCUGCAGCACCGAAGCCAACUCCUGCCACAACCCAAGGUGAGGUCCCUGCCACCCCUGGGAUUGGAGGAUGAGGAUGUAGCCCGUGAACGGGAGCGGGUGGUCCGAGGAGCCACCCAGGGAGAUGUGUUGGUGCUGAGGAACUUGACCAAGGUAUACCAUGGGCAGAGGAUGCCAGCUGUUGACCGUUUGUGCCUGGGGAUCCCCCCUGGUGAG